CGACAGACAGCCCUCAGGGUCUGCGAUCGAAGUCGCUCCUAUUUCUUGUGACGGUUUCUUUGGCGCAAUUGAAGUAAUUCCCAAACCUUUCACGAACUCGAAACAUGGUUGUGAAUAGCGCGAUAUUUUAAGAACACCGCCAAGACGCACCGCCACACGCGCCACCUCAGCUUCAGUAGCCCUUUCUCAGACGUUCAGCGCUUCGUCCUCGAACACUCUUCUACUUCACCCGCCUUAUACCUCCACAUCCCCAGGACAAUUGAAUUCUCUACAUUUCGUCCGCCUCACUUUACCGCACUCGCCCAGACUACAACCGCGAAUCACAGGUCCAACAACAAAGCCCCAUAACUCCGCUUCAGCUGGUCGACCAGACUCCGAGUCGCUAGCCGCACAACCGUCACCAUGGGCUUUUUGAAGAAGAAAGGCGGCGACGACGUCGACGAUGCCAACAGGUCCGCUCUGUUUUCGCGCAAGGCGAAGGCCUCGCCUGCGAACUCAGCCAACCCAUACGCUGCCCCACCGGCGAACGAUCCGUACGCGCAGCAGCCGCCGCCGUACUCGGGCGGAAACGACUCGUUCCGCCAAGAGAAGUCCCCGGCGGUGACUGGCCCUGGACAACGAUUUGGGGGAGGCUACAGCUCUCAAGGCGGUUCCUUUGGCGGUCGCGGUGGCGCCGGGUAUGGCGCAGACCGUUUUGGCGGAGCUGGAUUGCCCUCGGCCCCCAACAGGAGGCCGGGCGGUUAUGGAGGUCUCGGGCCCUCGGAUCCAAAUGACGAUGCCGGCCGCAAUGAGUUGUUCGGGAAUGCGCCAUCCAGGACACAGCAGCGCCCCCAACAGGGAGGAUAUGGCCAACAAGGAGGAUACGGCCAACAAAGUGGAGCGUCGGGAGUCUCGGGAGUCUCGGGGGUCUCGGGAGAGUCCGGUGGCUACGGCGGCGGUUACGGCAGUGGGCCUGCCUACGCAGAUCGAGAGUUGACGGCCGAAGAACAAGAAGAAGAGGAUAUUAGCGCGACAAAGAACGAGAUCAAGUUUAUCAAACAGCAGGAUGUUUCUUCUACGCGCAACGCUUUGCGUCUUGCGCAGCAGGCAGAAGAGACUGGUCGCGAUACCCUCGGUCGACUCGGCGCUCAGGGAGAGCGCAUCCACAAUACGGAGCGUAAUUUGGACCUCGCGAGCUCGCAGAAUAGAAUCGCGGAAGAGAAAGCCAGGGAAUUGAAGACGCUGAACCGCUCCAUGUUCGCUGUUCACGUAUCUAACCCCUUUACGACCGGAUCCCGCCGUGAGGAUCGGGACAGGAAGAUCAUGGAAAAUCACCGUUCGGAGAGAGACGCGAGAGACGCUUCCAGGAAGGCUGCCUGGGAGACGUCUGCUCGGCAAGACGGCUUCAAGCGUGGAAUCCAAAGCACCGGCGGGGCCGCUGGCCGUUCUACUCUUGCUGAUAGGGCCAAAUACCAAUUCGAAGCGGACUCUGAGGACGACGAUAUGGAAAAUGAGAUCGACUCCAAUCUCGAUGCCCUUCAUGGCGCCGCAAAGCGACUCAACCAAUUGGGCCGUGCGAUGGGCGACGAAGUCGACACCCAGAACAAGCACAUCGACCGCAUCAUCGGGAAGACAGACAAGGUCGACGAUCAAAUAGCCAUGAACCGCGCAAGACUGGAUCGCAUCCACUAGAGCCUCGACGCAAAUGGGUGAUGCUCUGGUUUCCCUUGUUGGUCAUCAUGCCAAGGAGUUUUGUAUAGCUGGUUGACAGACGAGCCCGGUGGAGCUUCGUCUAGAGAUGUGUGCAUGGGGCGACACGGCAUGAGCGGGCGUUCGGAUAUCUUUCUAAGAGUUGAUGGUCUGCUUUCACAUAGAAAUAUGAAAACACCAAAAAAGAAGGUGUGUGCAUUCGUAUC